AUGUUUAAUUCAAAGGCAGCUCCUACCCCAGGUGUAGUUGGCAAACCAUUAUCCAAAAAUAAUGGUGUUUUACUGAAAUAUGCUACUGAAUACCGACGAAUUGUUGGGUCACUUCAAUACGUAACCUUAACUCGUCCCGACAUUUCCUUUGCAGUGAAUAAAGCUUGUCAAUUCAUGCAAUCUCCCACUUCAGCUCACUGGAUGGCUGUCAAGCGUAUCUUGAGGUAUCUUCGGGGAACCAUUUCUCAUGGCAUUACUCUUACCGCUGCACACAAUCUCCACCUUGCUUCCUUUACUGAUGCUGAUUGGGCAUCAAGUCUAGAUGAUCGCUGGAGUACGGGAGGGUUCUGUGUGUUCCUAGGUGACAACAUUGUUUCAUGGUCUUCUGCCAAACAAAAAGUUGUCUCACGAAGCAGCAUCGAUUCUGAGUUUUGA